AAACCUCAGAAAAGAAAAAGAUAAGCAGAACAAGAAAGGAAGAAAAAGGAAGAAAGAAGAGGAGAGGCAGAAUUCACAGCAAUGGCUUCCUUUUUAAUCAACAAGCCCUUGACUUCUCUCUGCAAUUCCAAGUCUGAAUUUUGCCCAGAAAAUCCUUUGCCCCAACGGGGUCGUUUUGGGGUCAAUUCUGUGAGCUUCAAGAACGUUAAUUCCAGUAGUAUUUCCAGCAAAAAGUUCUACAAAGAGAAGGCUUCUUUUUCUUCUGUAACCUGCCAAGCAGUUUCCAUUGAACAGCAGCCUGUAACAGAGGUUGAAGGGCUUAACAUAGCUGAAGAUGUCACCCAGCUAAUUGGGAAGACACCCAUGGUGUACUUGAAUAAUAUUGUAAAGGGCUCUGUAGCACACAUAGCCGCAAAGCUUGAAAUUAUGGAGCCAUGUUGUAGUGUCAAGGAUAGGAUAGGGUACAGCAUGAUAGCUGAUGCAGAGCAGAAGGGUGUUAUUACGCCGGGGAAGAGUAUUUUGGUUGAGGCUACAAGUGGAAAUACAGGCAUUGGCUUGGCAUUUAUAGCUGCUUCUAGGGGAUAUAAGCUUAUACUGACAAUGCCUUCAUCUAUGAGUCUUGAAAGGAGGGUUCUACUGAGAGCAUUUGGAGCUGAGCUUAUCUUAACUGAUCCUGCUAAAGGCAUGAAAGGAGCUGUUGAAAAAGCUGAAGAAAUUCGGAAUAAAACUCCUAAUUCCUAUAUACUUCAACAAUUUGAUAACCCUGCAAAUCCAAAGAUACACUAUGAUACAACUGGCCCAGAAAUUUGGGAAGAUACAAGAGGCAAGGUAGAUAUACUUGUUGCAGGGAUUGGUACUGGUGGAACGAUCUCCGGUGCUGGUCGGUAUCUGAAAGAAAGAAAUCCUGGCAUUAAGGUUAUUGGAGUAGAACCCUUAGAAAGCAACAUACUCUCUGGUGGCAAACCUGGCCCUCACAAAAUUCAAGGCAUUGGAGCAGGUUUUAUCCCAAGAAAUUUAGAUGAAGAAGUGAUGGAUGAAGUUAUUGCGAUAGAUAGUGCUGAAGCCAUUGAAACAGCAAAGCAAGUAGCUCUUCAAGAAGGCUUGUUGGUUGGUAUUUCUUCUGGGGCAGCAACUGCUGCUGCCCUCCAAGUUGGGAAGAGACCUGAGAAUGAGGGAAAGCUUAUUGCGGUUGUGUUCCCAAGCUUUGGAGAGCGAUACUUGUCGACUGCCCUUUUCCAGUCAAUUCGGGAAGAGUGUGAGAAGAUGCAACCUGAGAUGUGAAAGGUCACCUUCUCUCAAGCUGCUUAACUUUUGGUAAUAAACAGUGGGUGGAGUUUCCUUUGUACAUCUUUGUUUUGUUUUCCAGACUAUUGAGCUGGUAUGUCCUCUAGAUAGAUUACCAGUGAAUUUUUCGUAUCAUAAUCUUUUGUGAAGACCUAAAAUGCUAGUUAUGAACGGAGGGUUUUUGCAAAAUUUUGGCCUUCUUUUUUAUGAAAACGUUUAAGAUUCCUUUGGUCCUCAA